AUGUCUGACAGCCGAACGCGCGAGGGACAGAGCUUUUCUGAUGAGCCUAGAACUGAAGACCGCUCAGGCCCCAUCGUUGCCACAGAUCGCUUUUACGAUCUCCUUCAGCUCUCCAGAGACGCUUCGCAUGAAACAGUAAAAAAGACGUAUCGGCAAUUUGCACUUCUGUGGCAUCCUGACAAAGGUGGAGACGUACAGAGAUUCCAGGCCCUUACAGCUGCAUGGGAAGUCUUAGGCGAUGAAACACGUCGGCGUGCGUACGACCGGAGUCUCAUCCGAACUGGUUCUACAGAUGGGUUACGCGUUGGCCUCUUUGGAAAGCCUUGUUCUGAAGGUGGCAAUACCGCUUUCUCAAGCCAUAGACGGCGGCAUUCCACCGAGGCUGAAGGUUUUGUUCGAGAACCUCGUAACACGAGUCAUCAUGAGGGACGGAAACGGGAAGAUAUCUCCUCUGGAGACAGCAAUUUCUUAUCGAAAGAUGACUUUUUAAAAAGACUUCGGGGUGAAGCGCCGAGACGACAGAGUUACAGCUUUUCCUCCCCUGGAAACGCAAAAACUCCUGCAGACCCAGAGGGCACAGAGAAGACGAAACGUACCAGUUGUAGGGACGUCGGCCGUGCGAAUAGCCCCGGGCAUAUUUCUUGGAACAAUGGAGGACGGGACCCGCCCCAUGGUCCAAGAAAGAUCCCUGCAACAACCGAAUUCGAUACAAGGCGGAUAAGGCAGUCGAGUUGCAGUUGGGGCUCUGACGACUCUAACGCGAACACGGGAAAAGAUGAAGCAACCCAACGUACAGGCAAAUCAAGAGGAUCGGUAGGACACUACCAAAGCGGGAACCCAAGGUCGGGGAAGCGUACAGGCUGUGUCGAAGAGGCCUUACGCGAAGUCCUUGGAGAAGAACAAUUCAAAGCGGCACUCGAAGGAAACAUCACUGAGGAAACCCUGCGGGAUGGAAAUUCGGCGGGUUGUUCCAAACACCUUGUGAAGCGUUUAAAUGUGAAGCAGCUUAAACGGUUCCUGACUACCCUCGGAAUUCCUCACCAGUCGUGCAUUGAGAAAACGGAUCUUCUCGAAGCCUUCUCUGCCGCUUUUCCCCUCGACUCACCAUCGCCUACUGUUAAUUUCUCUCCCCAGGUCUCCGGGCAGAAGGAGGCGCCGAAGGUACGGUGA